AGCAGAGAGAGAGAGAGCAGACUUUUCUUCAACAUUAAGGCUAAAGCGCUCUCUCUCUCUGACUUUUGCUUUGAAAGUGGGGUACGAUUCCAUCAAACAUAACCACAACUGUCACGUAUUCUCUUCCAACUGUACUCUACUUGUUCUACUCUAUCACUUCUCUUGUCUUUGGCCAACAACAUUGUAAUGUUAAAGCUGUCUUUUCUUCUUCUUUCAUUUUCUUUCCCAUUUUUCUCUCUCUUCUAUCCUCCACUCUUUCUUUUUCCCGACUUUUUCCCAGUCUAUAAUGCCUGCCCAUUUCAGUUUUCUUCAUAAAAAAUCAAGGGUCGGUGCCAGAUAAAGCAUUUUCUUUGCCACCUCUUUUCUUUUUGGUUGUCAAAAGAUGCCACCACCAAGAAUAAGUCCUUGUUUUCUCUCCUGUUACCACUGUUAUUUCCCAUAGAUUUUCCUGAGUUUUUGUUCUGUUUCUUUAGCUUUCCCUUUGUUUUUUUAUUGGUGGGAGCUUGGAGCGGGCUUCUUAGAUUGAAGUAAAAAAAGAAAAAAAAUCUGUUUUAGUUUGUUUUCCAUCAGAAUUUUCAAGAGAACUGAUUUAGGUGUUUAUAGAAAGUUUGAUUCUUUGUUGCUAUCCGUGGAAGAAGUGGGAAUUUGGUUGUUUCAAGUUGUUGCAGAUAUGGCAUUCAAGGUGAGCCUUGUACUGAAAAUGGCAAGAAGAAACUGUUCAGUCUUUUCAGGACUUCAAUUCUGUCGCACAGAAAUAGCAUAAUUCUGUCAAGGCUUUAGGCCAUGCAAAGGCACAGCUUCGAGGAGUGUCAAGGCUUUGGAUGUUCUUCGUUGAUUGAAGAGUUGGGAAAGGAAUUCUUGAGGUGUCAUCAAUCUGUAACCUUGAAUUGCAAUUGAUCUUUUCAUUGAAGUGAAGAUCCAAGAAAAAGCGCCAAAAAAAAAAUUCUCUGAGUUCCUUAGUGAGGAAUUUGAGGCCCUGAUUAAGGCUUGCGAAGGCAAAAAGAAAGCUUUGAUACCUUGGCAUCGAAAGACAGCUUUGGCUUUGGACCUCCCUUGUGGUUUACGCUGCUUGGGAAACUUGAGUUGUCGAAAUUGGAAUGUUGUUAUUUUUACCUUUGUGGUAACAUAUACAGCUACAUUUUGACUUCUGCUCUCCUAGUUCUUGGUGGUAUCGAAUUUUGAGAAACUCUUUAUUUCAGAUUCGAAGUCACCUGUCAACAAAAAUUUUCGAUUGCCAAAGCAUUAUAAUCUCAAAUAAAAACCCAUUAAUCAUGGCCAAAAGAUCAAAUAAACGUCCUGUACGACAUGAAAAGGAUCAGUUGGGCUGUAUGUGGGGCUUGAUUAGUAUGUUUGACUUCCGCCAUGGUCGAUCAACUCAGAGACUGCUUUCUGAUAGAAGACGCGGGAACAGAAAUGCAGUUGGUGUGGGAAAUGCAGGAAAUAAAUGCGACAUGUUGACUAGUUCUGGCGACAAUCGUCCAGGAACUCUUGAUAGUGAAGAGAAGACAACAGUGCCUGAUGCAUGGAAGCCAAGUGUGAAGAAACUCCUAGAAGAAGAAAUGUCUGGAGAGAAGGUUGCAAAGAAAAAGGCAAAUGAUACUGAAGUUGAAGCAAAACAGUUUGGUUCUGGGCAAGGAGACAAUGGAAGGAAGAACCGGAAAAGACAAAAGAAAAAUCGCAAGAAAAGUUCUGGUAACAGUCUUGAUAUGGAUGCUGCGGAGAACUUGGUAUCAGAAGGAUCUUGUCUGAAUAAAUCAGAACAACAAACUACAAGCAAUCUCGAUAUAGACAAUCUAAUGGAAGAGUUUUGUCGGCAAAUCCAUCAGAAAAGAAUCAAUUGUGUGAAUCAUGACCAGCCUGCUGAAGGUCAUGUGCAGCUAAAACAGAAAAGCUCUGCUUUUGAAGAAAGAUUGAGUGAGGCAAUCAAGUUCUUAGUGAGUCAGAAGCUUCUUAACGGGAAUCAACUUACAAAAGAUGGUGAACUCCAAGCCUCAAAAGAAGUCAUGGACGCACUUCAGAUUUUGAGUUUAGAUGAGGAAUUGUUUUUGAAACUUCUACGAGAUCCAAACUCAUUGUUAGUGAAAUAUGUUCAAGACUUGCCAGAUGCUCGAUUAAAGGAUGAAGAGUCUAAGCCUCUUGCUGGAUCCAAUUUUUCAGAGCAGGAGCCUGUUGGUUUGAGACAAUCCAAUGAGCCUGUUAAUAGAAAACAGCGUAAUUUCUUUAGAAGAAGGUCCAAGUCUCAGGAAAGAGACCUACCGGAUGGAAAUAAGAUUUCUCAAGCUUCAAAUAAAAUUGUAAUUUUGAAGCCUGGGCCAACAUGCUUGCAAACUCCUGAAACUGGAAGCAGCCUUGGUUCAUCUCCAGAAUCUCAGUACAUCAUCCGACAAAGGGAGCUGAAUGAGAAAGUUAGUUCCCACUUUUUUCUUGCUGAAAUAAAAAGAAAAUUGAAGCAUGCUAUGGGAAGAGAGCAACAUAAAAUCCCCACUGAUGGUAUAUCAAAAAGAUUUCCUGGUGAGCGGCAAAAUUCACGGGACAGUGGAGUUAAGGAAUAUAUUGGGAUGAGUUCUCCAACUAAAGAUCACUUCUUUAUUGAAAGAAUGGCCAUACCUUCUAUUGGUAUUAAAAAAGGAGAAAAGACAAGCAAGCUCAAAGGCUCUGAACUAGGUACCGGGUAUGAGACUACUGAUUUUUCCAGGCAAAGGGUUUCAAACAUCUAUAUUGAGGCAAAGAAACAUCUCUCUGAGAUGCUAACAAAUGGAGAUGAAAAUGUGGAUCUUUCAAGCAGACAGGUCCCAAAAACCUUAGGUAGGGUUCUGUCUCUUCCUGAGUAUAACUCAUCCCCUGUUUGCAGCCCUGGUAGGAACUCGGAGCCUAGUUUUAUAACUGCACAGACGAGAUUUGCAGGCUCUGAAAAAUUUCAGAAGGUGAGUGAAAACAAUCAACUCAACCUUGUCAGCAAUCUUAGUCAAGUGGCAGAGAAGACAGAGAGCCAGCUUUGCAUAUCUGAUAACAAAACCAGUAAUGAAAUCCAAGGUGAUAAUGCAAUUUCAAAGAACCUUGACCGUUGUGUUAAUAAUGACAAAGAUGACCAAAAAUUUUUUUCUACUAAAGAUGAAAUGAGUUCCAAAGGUGCUGUGAGUGUUGUUAAAGAAACUGAAAUGAUGGUUCAGGAAGAAAGCAAGCUCCCGGAUGCUUCUUCUGAGACAAGUGACUCUUCAAUUACUAAAGAAGACAAAAAUGUUGAUAAAUGUGAAGUUCCUGAUGAAAAACAAUAUCCUCAGUGCUUGAAACAGGAUUCAUCUGAUGAGGAUCAACAGCCUUUUUCUCCAUUAGUUUCUCCAUCAAACUCAUCAGUCACCAAAAAGGUUGAAUGUCUAGAGGGUGUUACUGAUAUACAGGAGCGACCAAGUCCUGUAUCUGUUCUUGAGCCAAUAUUUGCUGAGGAUGUUAUCAGCCCUGCAAACAUCAGAUCUAAUUUUGGUGAAACAUCCAUACAACCACUAAGAAUUCAAUUCGAAGGACAUGGCUCAUUGGCCACAAAUCAGAGUAAUCGUAUUAAAACUUGUAUGGAUGAUAAGGAGUUAAUAUUUGAGCACAUAAAGGCAGUGCUGCAAGCCUCUAGUUUCAGCUGGGAUGAAAUCUACAUCAGGUCACUUUCUUCAGACUUGCUUCUUGACCCAUUGUUGCUUGAUGAGGUAGAAUACUUGCCCAACCAGCUUUGUCAUGACCAGAAACUGCUCUUCAAUUGCAUUAAUGAAGUUCUCAUGGAGGUUUGUGGGUACUAUUUUGGUUCCCCUGGCGUUUCAUUCGUUAAACCCAAUAUCCGUCCUAUCCCAAACAUGAAAAAUACCCUUCAAGAGGUCUGGCAAGGAGUUUAUUGGCAUUUGCUCCAAAUGCCGCUGCCUCGUACUUUGGACCAGAUAGUUAGAAAAGACUUGGCUAAGACAGGAACAUGGAUGGACCUUCGAGUCGACAUUGGUUGUGUUGGUUUUGAGAUGGGUGAAGCCAUCCUUAAAGAUUUAGUGGAAGACACCAUAACAAGCUACAUAAAUGAAAGUCUGAAAUGUGAAUAUAAUGUGCUUCCAGCUUAGCUGAGGGACUACCAGAGUAACAUCAACUUGUAAAGGGCAGCUGACUCCGUGUUGUUCACACUUCAUACCAAUAAUGCACCUCACAUUGGGUCAGAGUGGGAGAAAACGCAAGCUAAUCAAGUAUUCUGCAUUGAAAGGAUGGGCAGUAACAUCCAACGAAGCAAAACGGGGCUUCAUUUAACUUUCCUUAAAGUGUUUUGUACAUGAAGCCAUGGCAAUUUUCUAACCUUGCCACUGAAAUCAUGUAGAUACAUAGAACUCUUCCCACAGCAAUUACCAUUAACCAGGUUACCUUACAAGCAGCAACAGAAGUGCCUAUUUGAUGUGCAGCAAUCCUUUGGAACUGCUCGAUCCUCGAAAGAAUUAACAACAAACACUUGAUUUCAGAGGUCUCUCAUGGUUUAUUUUAAUCAGUGACUACAUUGUUACGUCCGGAUCAGUGCAUUUCUCCCGGUGCAGGUGACAAAAACUGUUAUUUCUCAUUGUAGAAUUUGUAGAGUUUGGUGUGUAUUGGUUGUGUUUUGAAGGUGUGUUCUUCACUUUGAUUGAUUUCAUUCAUUCCUGGGUUUGGUUGACUGGUUUUCUUCCUUUUUUGUCUGUGUGCUUCGGUUUUUAGAAUUGUGAGUGUUUAUGAGUGGAUCUAUGACUACUUUGAUAAUGGGGUAGGAUUUCAUAGGCCUAACAUAUGUAGCUGCACAAGCUAUGCUUGCUGAAAUAAUAAUAAUAAUAAUACUGAACGUGUAAGUAGAAUCGAUAAUUUUAAAUAUGACUAAAAAAGAAACAAAACCGGAAAAUGAUACGAAAUGAUAAUUUUAAAUAUGACAACGAUAUGAAACGAAAGCAACACAGAUUGUCAAAAUGCAAUAAUGAGAGUAUGAAAGACAGCAGAAGUAAACUUAAGCUUUCAUUUUUCUUGCUUUUACUGCAAAUUUGGUUUCCAGCAUUUUGCUUUGACCACAAUGGUGGACAAGAGUUGGAGGCUAACCAACUAACAGCCUUCGAUCGAGGACCGGAGCAUCAUCAUCAUGCCAUCAUGCCCACGUUGAUAAGUAAGAAGCUCUCAACCUCUACUUUUAGCAUGGCCCUGUAAGAAAGAAGUGCAAAACAUUAACUGCCACAACCACCAUAGGCUUAGUCUUUAUCUACCCAUUGCCAACAUCUUGCAAGUAUACAAGUUUUCAAACGAAAUCAUUGUUUUGGAACCCCACCAUCAUUGAAUUCCCAGAGAGGACCAGGUCAAGUCACAUUUCACCAAAUGCCCUGCUCUAGGGAAGAGGAUGCUGAGCCUUCUCCUACUAUGAGGCACCUCCUGUAGAGCUUCAGAAACAUCUUGACUCCGAUUAAAUUAUGGUACGGCAUCACAAGCAAUUCCAUGGUCCCAACACUGUAAUCAGAUGGAUACUCAUAGUUCUGAUUUCUCAAUGACACCGUAUAAUCAAUGCAGAUGGCAUCAGGGAUUCAACUAACAAGAUGUCAAAUGGAGAAACACAUGAUCCAUGGUAACAAAA